AUAUAUAUAUAUGAAUCUGUUUUACGAAGUAAUAAAAUUUCUAGCUGAAAAUGGCAUUCUCCUCAAUUUCUAAGAUCUUCCUUGUAUCCUUUUCUUUGUGUCUCUUUGCAUAUUCAGCUUUAGCUCACGAUUUUUCAAUCUUGGGCUAUUCGCCAGAUGAUUUGACAUCCACGGACAAGCUCAUCGAUCUAUUUGAGUCGUGGAUGUCAAAACAUAAAAAGGUUUACGAGAGCAUUGAGGAAAAGUUGCAUAGGUUUGAUAUUUUUAAGGAUAACCUAAUGCACAUCGAUGAGACUAAUAAGAAGAUCAGUAACUACUGGCUUGGACUGAAUGAGUUCGCAGAUUUGAGCCAUGAAGAGUUCACAAAGAUGUAUCUGGGCCUGAAAGUCGACUUGACUAGAAUAAGUGGAAGGAGCGAGUCUGAUGAAGAGUUUACUUAUAGAGAAGUUAUGGAUUUGCCAAAGUCUGUCGAUUGGAGAAAGAAAGGAGCUGUUACUCGCGUCAAGAACCAAGGAUCAUGCGGUAGUUGCUGGGCAUUUUCAACUGUCGCUGCAGUGGAGGGUAUAAACCAGAUUGUUAAGGGAAAUUUAACUUCACUCUCAGAGCAAGGGCUGAUUGAUUGUGAUACUACCUACAACAAUGGGUGCAAUGGAGGCCUGAUGGACAAUGCAUUUGCCUACAUUAUCGCCAAUGGUGGACUUCACAGGGAAGACGACUACCCUUAUAUCAUGGAGGAAGGCACUUGCGAGAUGAGAAAGGAACAAUCGAACCUUGUAACCAUCAGUGGGUAUAGCGACGUCCCAAUGAACAACGAGAAGAGUCUGCUGAAGGCACUUGCAAACCAGCCUGUGAGCGUGGCCAUUCAGGCUUCUGGUAGAGACUUCCAAUUCUAUAGCGGGGGAGUUUUUGAUGGGCAUUGUGGAACCCAACUGGACCAUGGAGUGGCAGCUGUUGGGUAUGGGUCAACCAGCAAGGGCUUGGAUUACAUCAUAGUCAAGAACUCGUGGGGCCCAAGAUGGGGUGAGAAGGGCUACAUAAGGAUGAAGAGGAACACUAAAAAGCUUGAAGGGCUUUGCGGAAUCAACAAAAUGGCUUCUUAUCCUAUCAAAAAGAAGUGAAAUUAUAGGCUCCCUAUGUUGAUUUCAGUAUUAAUAUUGUUAUAUUAAAGUGUACAAUGAUGUUCUCUUUUUUUCCCCCAUAUUUGGCUGAUAAAUAGUUUGAUUGCCUUUAAAUAUACGCUACCUUGAUUAAAGGUAAACUUCCUUCAUCUUAUUUUCUUAGAUUUUUUACUUCCAUUAUACAAUACAAAGUAAUUUUAUCUGAUCC